AAAAAGGAGGGAAAAACAGAUCUUGCUGAGUUCCUGUUAAAUCGCACACCACGUGCGAURGCUGAUAUCCUAACAACAACAUGGYAGAUAGAAAAUGCUCAGGAGAAGUUACAACGAGUACAAUGUAGUCGUCUAGACCUUUUAAAUGAAGCAAAAAACGGAGCGUGUGUUGAAAAUUGCAAUGGUGAAUGGAUGACUUGUGCGUUGGAAAUACUACAAAGAAAUGGAGUGUCAAGAGAAUUUUUUGCCAACACAGUCCACGAAUUACUUGUCAAGGGACGCGGAAAAUAUCGAAAUAUCAUMAUUAUUGGUCCCGCAAAUUGUGGUAAAACUUUCAUUCUUAACCCAUUGACCUCUAUCUACAACACAUUCUGCAAUCCUGCAACUGGAAGCUUCGCGUGGAUUGGCGUCGAAAAGGCAGAGUGCAUCUUUUUAAAUGACUUCCGAUGGUCACCGCAAGUAAUACCAUGGCAAGAUCUCCUGUUGCUUCUGGAGGGUCAAGUUGUUCAUUUUCCAGCACCCAAAACCCACUUUGCCAAGGAUAUAGAUUUCCACCUAGACACUCCAAUCUUCUGCACAAGCAAAAAUGCCAUCGUUUUCAUCAAAAACGGAAUGAUUGACGAUAGAGAAACCGAGAUGAUGAGAGUCCGCUGGACCAUCAUACAACUAAACCAUCAGAUUCCUCGUGAGCAACAGCGUCAUGCACCGUCAUGCUCAAAAUGUUUUGCAAAUCUAAUAUUAUAUAGGUAAAGUACAUCAUUUUGUCUAAUAUCGAUU